AAUACGACUAUGUUGUCAUAGUUAUAAUGAUUAUUAUCUCUCCCAUCCUCAUCCUCAUCCCAAUCCCAAUUCCAAUCCAGAUUCCAGUAUUCUACGCGAGAUACAAUCUCGAUUCAUGCCUAUAUAUCAAAGCAACAGAUAUACCAAGAGGAAAGAGAAAAGUAAUCUCUCUAUGCUAAUAACCAAUGAGGGAAUUUCGUGACAGGACAUGCCGUGAAACCCGGCGUUGGGUUGGAAAGUUGGAAGACAUGCAUAAACAAUUGAUCGACGACAACCUAUCUUGCUCAGAUCCAACAGAAAAGGGAUUCGUGGUCAUCUACCUCUGUUUUUACUGCGUAACGCGAUGUUACUUCCGAGAAAUAUAUCAUGCAUGAUCGAGGCGUACUUCGGAGUACCAACUCGUUGGAAAUAUGUAAUGCUUAUAUCAGUUUGAGUAGCUUCUGUUCAUCCCGCCUCUUCAAAAACACAAAAUUCAUGUUUUGUGCCACUUUAUUGUAGUGCGAGGAUGGAAUACAGAAAUGAAAUUGGUGGCACUAUCAUUGCAUUAUUAUUUUCCUACUAUAUCUUUGAAACACUUAUAUCGAAAUGGAACAUACCACAGGAAUCAAAGAAGCAUGGCUGUGAAUCCCCUCCUAAAUAUCCUAACAAAGACCCGAUUCUCGGGCUUGAUCUUUUCAUCGACAAUUUCCGUCAAAUAAUCAAGUCAAAUCUACUUAAUACCUGGGUAAAUCGCUUCCAAACUUACGGGAAUACUUUUUCGGCGAAAGUUCAGACCAAACAUGCUAUCUGUACUGUCGAUGCGAGGAAUCUGCAAACUGUUCAUGCCCUAAACUUUACUCAUUAUGGUGUUCAGCCAUUGCGUCAACCUCCUACUUUGCCAUUUCUUGGUGAAGGGGUGUUCACUAUGAAUGGUCCGUUUUGGGAACACUCCAGAGCCUUGAUUCGACCUACCUUUACCAAGUCAAAUGUUGCCAAUCUUCCAGCGUUCGAAGUUCAUUUUCAAAAAUUUCUUGCGUUGGUUCCAAUAGAUGGAAGCAAGGUUAAUCUGAAACCACUUUUAAACAAACUAGUAUGACUGCUCAUUUUCUUAGCUUUACCGACUUGACUGCAAUCUGAGUGUUGACAUGUACCAAGAUUUUGACACAUCGACGGAGUUUCUUUUCGGAGAGUCCAUGAAUACACUAUCUCCAGAGACCACAUUCCAGACAGAAGAGUGCCUCGCAGCUUUUGACUAUGCUAUAAGAGGCAUGGGAAUUCGCUUCCAACUAGGUAGUUUAAGAUCCCUAUAUUGGGACAAAAAAUGGUAUAAAUCAAUAAAGAUCACCCAUUCAUUUGCGGAUCAAUAUAUAAACAAAGCCAUGGAGUUUCGGCGCAGCUAUUUGGAUGCCCGAGAAGAAAGAGGAAAAGAAGAGGUAGAAGAUUCGGAUUCAGAAGAAGAUGACGACAAUGGUAAUCAUCGCCAUGUAUUGUUGCAUGAGAUGGCAAAACAGACAGGUAGUCGUGAUGAUCUUCGAAACCAAAUCCUCCAUGUCUUCUUAGCAGGUCAUGAAUCUUCCGCUAUCACGAUUGGCAACGCAAUUUUUCAUCUUUGUCGAAACCCCGAGAUGUGGAAGAAACUUAGGUCUGAAAUUCUUUCAGAGGGUGAUAAGCCAUUCACAUUUGAAUCGCUGAAGAAUCUUCACUAUCUGCAGUAUAUCAUCAAGGAAACCUUACGUCUACAUCCCGUUGCUCCCACCGAUACACGAAUUGCCUUGCAAGACACCAUACUGCCCACUGGAGGCGGACCACAAGGCACCUCACCUAUCUUCGUGAAAAAGGGGCAGAUAGUUUUUGCAUCUUUCCAUGCCCUUCACAUGCUAGCACCUUGCUUCCAACCUGACCCAGAGAUCUUUCGGCCAGAGAGAUGGGAGACGGUGCGACCAGGAUGGAACUAUCUUCCCUUUAUAGGAGGACCGAGGAUGUGUCCUGGUCAGAAUUUGGCUUUGACAGAAACGGCAUAUGUAAUAGCGAGGAUGGCACAAGAAUGGAGAGAAAUAAACUGUAAGGACGAGGUCAUGGAGUGGGUGGAACUAAUGACCGGAGUUGCAAGUAGUAAGAAUGGAAUCAAAGUAGGCGUCGUUGUGUGACAGCGGGGUGACUGUAUCACACAAACAAUUGCAUGAUCAGAUUGAUAUUCGGGCCCAUUUUAAUUCAUAUUUGAAGACAGGAAGUCGGUGAGGGAAACUAGACCAUAAUUAUGCUGAUAUUGAACACUUCAAACUCUCAAAUCCCCUUACAUGUGAUGUAUGAGAUUGAAUGAAUACCACGACUUCAUGCCAUUGAGUCAACAAACGAACAAACAAACGAGGUUGAGUCAUUAUCGAUUUGUAUAUACAG